AUGCCAGGUAGAUCCUCUUCAUCUGCCACUGGGCGCACUCCGAUUGGCCACACCCGAUCUAACUCCCAGAGCCUACCAAUGACAAGAGGACACGUGUCACCUGGGGGAAGAGGCGGGGAUGCGGCAGGGGCGGCAAUGGUGGUGACGCCGCCGCCCGGCACGUCGCCAGCUGGGCGGUCCAGGUGGCGCAAUAUCAUUGGCCGGCCGCUGGAGAGCCUUGCCGCCCGGUUUGAGCUGACAGGGGAGGUGCUGGGGAAGGGGUAUUUCGGAGACGUGGUGGUGUGUGUGGAGAGGGACAGUGGGGAGCAUUUCGCGUGUAAAGUCAUCAACAAGGCGAAUGUGAAGGUGAGCACUGGAGGAUUGGCUGCGGUGCAGUGGGACCCUUCCUCACCCUCCCCCUCCCCUGAUGCAGAGGACGUGCAGAACGAGGUGGCAGCUGGAGGCGCUGAGAGAGCCACUUUCCCUGGCUGGUCUGGUUUGUUGUACCAUCAUCAUGUAUUGCCCCUUGCCCGCUUUUCCCCUUCCCCCUCCUCCCCUCUAACUCCUCCCUGCCAGACCCCUGAGGAUGCAGAGGACGUGCAGAGCGAGAUGCUGGCUCUGGAGGCGCUGAUAGAGCCACUUUCCCUGGCUGGUCUGACUCCAGAGGAUGCAGAGGACGUGCAGAGCGAGGUGGCAGCGCUGGAGGCACUGAGAGGGUGGUUUGACUCCAGAGGACGCAGAGGACGUGCAGACGAGGUGGCAGCGCUGGAGGCACUGAGAGGGCACCGGCACAUCGUUCAGCUCAUAGAGACGAUGGAGGAGCCAGAGGUGGGUGGGUGGGUGGGUCUGCUUAUAACGAUUUGGGCUUUGGAGGCGCUGAGGGGCCACUGGCACAUCGUCCAGCUCAUAGAGACGGCGGAGGAGAGGAGCCAGAGGUUAGUGAGUCUGCUUGUAACGAGUAUGACAAUGCUGUGUGCUUAUAACGAGUGUGUGACUGUGUGCUGGGAGGAAGGUUGGGCGCUGGAGGCAUUGAGAGGGCACCGGCACAUCGUGCAGCUGAUAGUGACAGUGGAGGAGCCAGAGGUAAGUGAGGUUGCUUGUAACGAGUAUAAUACUGCUGUGUGUAGACUGGGUGAAAGCGCUGAGGGGCUACCGGCACAUCGUGCAGCUGAUAGUGACAGUGGAGGAGCCAGAGGUCCAGAGCAUCGUGCAGCUGAUAGUGACAGUGGAGGAGCCGGCAACAGAGGCGCUGCUGCAGUGCCAUGCCAGUCCAAUGGCGUCAUACACCGCGACGUGAAGCUCCAUACGGUCUAUCUGGUGAUGGAGCUGUGUCAGGGGGGCACACUGCAGCAAGCAGUCAGGGAGCAAGGGCCGUUCAACGAGCCGCAGGCAGCAGCGGUGGUGGCGGCAGCAGCAGAGGCGCUGCUGCAGUGCCACUCCAACGGAAUCAUUCACCGCGACGUGAAGCCCGAUAAUAUCCUGCUCGGGGAGCGUUUGGACGUUUCUGGGGGAGGCUUACCUGGGGACGUGAAGAUCUGUGAUUUUGGCAUCUCCACCUUCUUCCAGCCAGGCACGAGCUGCACUGAGAUUCUGGGAACGGCCUCCUUCCUUCUUUCCUCUCUCUCCCUGCCGCAAAUCGCCCCACUGCACUCCUUUGCACCCCUCUGCACCCAUUAUCAACCCAACACAGGAACAACAUGCAGCACGAGCUGCUCUGAGAUCGUAGGAACGGCCUCGUUCCUCUCUCCGGAAAUGCUCGCCCAGACCUACUCCUGCCCCACCGAUAUCUGGAGCCUGGGCGUGCUGCUGCACCUGCUGCUCUCGGGAUUCCUCCCCUUCUGCGCGCCCACCAAAGAGGCCGACUUCGAGGCAAUUCCUCCCUUUUGCACCCCUUUUCACCCCUUCGUGUUGCACCGCUUUGCACCGCUUUGA